AUGGCGCUACUGUGCAUGCUGCACCCCAAGACUUGUGAGAAGCAGCAAAGAUGUCUCGAACUCCUUCGCCGCUCAGCUCGCGAGUACUACCGUCAACCAGAUGCCAAGUGCACGACAUGGUCCUACUUCACACCCUUCCCGCCGCCAAAACCGGGCAAACCUGCCAAUCCAGCUAUCGGCGGCAUGGAGAUAUAUACCUCGAAAAAGGCCCUUCAGUCUCAGGUUGAUGACCCUAUUUACUUCCAGUCGUACCAUGACGCCGUCAAGCGCGAGGAUCUGUAUGAGAAGCCCGAGGAGUUGGUAGCUUGGUAUCGUGCUGCUGGUUUCGAGGCUCGAUCGGGUGGUGGCAAGGAAGGUGAAGGUGUUUUGAUCAGUAUUUCGAAGAUGGAUUGUAAGGAUCGUCAACAAGUUGUUGAGGCCAUAACUGACUUUGCGGAGUGGGUGGACAAGAGCGAGCCUUUCGUACUUACUUACGCCCUGUUCUCACGACCUAAGGCACCCAACGAAGCGGUACUGUUCGUCCGCUACGCUGAUUCGAAGGGCUUGAAGUCACAUAGCAAUGCUCCUGAGCAUGUGGAAGUUGUCAAGAAAUUGAGCAAGCUUUUGAACGGCGAUCUUGGGAAAGGUACAACUUUGUGGCAGGAAGUUGGUGAUAGCUUCGCGUCGACGGGAGACGGGAGUCACGGGACUGAGAGUGGGAGGUCAAAGUUGUAG